GUACGAGCGCUACAUGCAGCAGUUCGUGAAUGGCCGCCAUGCCCUGCUUCAAGUCCACACCAUCUUCCCUUCCAUAGGUGCGGGUGGUGCCGACUGGGCGGCCAAUGCACGGCGCACUCUCAAAGAAUGGGAGGCACGUCAUCCGGGUUUCCGCGCGCGCCUGGCCGGUGGCAACGCCGAGGCCCUGGACACGCGCGUGGAGAUCCUGACAGCCAUGUGGCCCUACCUCGCCGUGACCGUCACCCUGAUCAUGGGUGUCGUUUAUUUGUCCUUCCAGAGCCUCCUGGUGCCCUUGCGCCUAGCCCUCGCGCUGUGCUUCACGCUUGUGGCAACAUUUGGCGUGGGGGUGAUCGUCUACCAGACGCCGCUUCUACACGGCCUCUGCCCGCAGUUGCAGUAUUUUCACGGGAUCACCUACGAAGUGAUACCCCUUGUGACGGGCAUCGCCAUUGCGCUGGGCUUGGACUACGACAUUUUCCUUGUAAGUCGCAUACUGGAGUUCCGCCUGCAACGGUAUUCCGACCGCGCCAGCAUUUUUCGAGGCGUGCUGAAAACAGGCGACGUCAUCUCGGGAGCUGGCUUGAUCAUGUCCCUCGCCUUCUCAGGCUUGGUUGUUUCGGACAAGAUCUUCUUCCAGCAGUUCGGCGUUCUGAUCAUCACCUCCGCUUGCUAG